UUUGAAGACGAAACGUCGAAGCAACAAGUUGUGUCUCUGCUUCUAUAAAUCUAUUUUUAAGAAUCUUCAAGUUUUUAUUAAAAGAAAUGGCUGACAGCAAGUUCUUGACGUUCAACAAUGGCGAAAAGAUGCCCAUUAUUGGCAUCGGCACCUGGCAGGCAUCUGAUGAGGAAAUUGAAACCGCUAUUGACGCCGCCCUGGAGGCGGGUUAUCGCCACAUAGACACGGCGCCAGUCUACCGGAAUGAAGCGGCUAUUGGGCGCGUCCUCAAGCGUUGGCUGGACUCUGGAAAGGUUAAGCGCGAGGACCUCUUUAUCGUAACAAAGGUGCCCCCAGUUUCGAACCGACCCCAUGAGGUGGAGCCGACGAUAACGAAAUCGCUGUCUGAUCUUCAACUGGACUAUGUGGACCUUUAUCUUAUCCACACCCCCUUCACCAUCAACAUCAACGAAGAUGGUAGCUUCAAGCUAGAUAAAGAUGGCCUAAUGGAGGUCGAUGUUACCACCAAUCAUGCUGCCACCUGGGCCGCAAUGGAAGCCCUUGUGGAAAAGGGUUUGACCAAGUCCAUUGGCGUUUCCAACUUCAGCAAGGAUCAGGUGGCCCGAUUGCUGAAAAACUGCAAGAUUCGUCCGGCCAACAACCAGAUCGAACACCACAUCUACCUCCAGCAGCGUGAUCUGGUGGACUUUUGCAAGGCGGAGAAUAUUACCGUCACCGCAUAUUCCCCACUGGGAUCCAGGGGAAUAGCCAACUUCAACGCUGGUGCCGGCAUAGUCAGAGAGGUGCCCAAUCUGAUGGAAGUUCCGGAAGUGAAAGAAAUCGCCACGGCCCAUGGAAAAACACCAGCCCAGGUUCUGCUCCGAUGGAUCGUUGACACCGGUGUAUCUGCCAUUCCCAAGAGCACUAACCCCACCCGGCUUAAGCAAAACCUCGAUAUCUUUGACUUUAAACUGACGGCCGAGGAGGUGGCCAAGUUGAGUAGCUUGGAUAAAGACUUCCGCGUUUGCGAUUUCGCUUUCUUCCACGGAGUGGAAAGGCACCCGGAGUUUACCUUUAAAAAUCAGUACACUAACUAA